GUAAAUAUUUAAUAGGAUACGAAGUUCCGAGUUUGCUAAGUAACUAUUAUCACGGAAGAUAACACAUGAUAACAGUUUCCUUAUAAGAUAUCAAUACCUGGACGUUUUGGUAGCAUUACAGAAUAAUUUUGUGUUCAAACCACAGAGUACAAACUACAAAAUUACCUAUUUUACAAAGUAUUUUAACAGUACCAACUAUCCAGAUUCGCAUGACAAAUCGAUAAACAUCAUAUUAGGUAAUAGGUUUAGAUCCUUAAAGGCCAUUAAGUGUCUAAGCACCGUUGGUGAUUACAAUAAAAAUGAUGUUAUAAUUAAUUAAUAAUGAUUAACAUGGUAUACGUCAUAAACAACAAACCAUAAACUCAAAACACUCAAAACACUCAAAACCAUUGCAAUGCACUGAUUUGUCAUAUUUUAAUUAAUUAUUGAAUAAUUAUUAAAGCUUAUCAUGUUUUAUCACAAGUUAAACAUUACAUAAAAAAUUGAAAUCGAUUGUAGAGUAAUAAAUAAACAUGAGUAAUAAUCUAACCGGUAUUGGAAAUAUUGAUGAAGGCAUACUACCACCAGAAAAAAGAAUUCAACAAUUGUUGUUAAGUUCGAAAGUCGAGUUAAACACCAAUAUAGCAGCUAGAAAAUAUUACCGAUCAGGACGAGAAAUGAUUAGCAUGGCUGAUGUAUAUACAAAAGAAAACAAUUUGGAACAAGCGUAUAUUCUCUACAUGAGAUUUAUGACGUUAUUUUUGGAAACUAUUAAUGAACAUCCUGAUUACAAAAAUGUACCAAUUGAAGAACGUAAUUUAAAUUAUCGUGCUCUCCGUGAAGUUCUUCCAAUAACAGAAAAUAUAAAAACUAAAUUAUUGGAACAAUAUAGUACUCAAUAUGAAUUGUAUCAAGAACAAAAAGCAUUACAAGAAUUUAAAGAAAAACGUGAUAAAAAAUUAUUAAGUAUAGAAAAGAAUGAUACACCAUCUAUUCAAAAUGUCAAUCAAGAACAAUUAAGUACAAUUUUAAAUAAUACUGCAGUACCUGAAUUAAAUAAUCCUACAUCAUUUGAAUUAAGACCACCAGAUCAAAAUUUAAUCAAUUUAAAUGAAUUUGAUGAUAAUACUCUUCCAUUAAAUAUACCAACACAUUCAAAUUCGAAAAUACAAUUCAAUCAACAUAAACCUAUUGUUGAUAGAAGUACCAAACCAAUGUUAAACAAGAACACUACAAACCCGUACAAUCUUCGUCAAAUAAUAGUUCCUGGAAAUUUAACUAAAAGAUUUCUAGAACAAGCACAACGGAAUACAUUUAAUAACUUAGAAACUUGUGGUAUAUUAGCAGGAAAAUUGAAUUCUAACUGUUUAAUUGUGACUCAUUUGAUGAUUCCAAAACAAAGUGGUACAUCAGAUUCAUGUACUACAAUGAAUGAAGAAGACAUUUUUGAAUUUCAAGACAAGCAGGACCUUAUUACCUUAGGAUGGAUACAUACUCAUCCAACACAAACCUCUUUUAUGUCAAGUGUGGACUUGCAUACGCAUUAUUCAUAUCAGUUAAUGAUGCCAGAAGCUAUUGCAAUUGUCUGUGCACCUAAAUAUAACGAAUCAAAUUUCUUCUUUUUGACACCUUAUCAUGGAUUACAAGUUAUAGCUGAAUGCAAAUUUGUCAGUGGUUUCCAUACACAUAACACAGAUGGUGAUAUUUAUGCUAUUGCUGAACAUUAUUUAUUGGAUGACAACUUGCUGGUCAAUGUGGUUGAUUUUAGAUAA